ACAAGCAGCAGGUAUGAUUCCAAAUAUAUUUAUUCACAAAGAAAGCAAAGCAAACAAAACAUACAAAUCCUAUCUCACUAUAUACAAGCAUGGGUGUAAGUGUGUGUGUGGGUGUGUGUGUGAGAGAGAGAGACAGACAAAGGUGGGUGUGUGAAACAAUGGGCCGUUUGGCCUCCAAACAAAAUGGCUGACAACAGAGAACUACAAGAUGGCAGAAUCAAAGCUGGCUUCAGAAUAGAGCUCACUGGUACACGUGAUCAAAGCGCACUGCAUUGUGGGAACGGAACGCUAACUGUUGUUUACAUGUUGUUCACCGGUGUUUAAGCUAGCUGUUGGUACUGCAUUUGUUUCAAGAACUUAAAAUAAAGUACGAUUAAAACUCAGAAUGGACCAGGCGAAAGAAAAGGUCGUGUGUCUGUACCGCGAGAAGCUGAACAAAACGGCAAAGGUGUGGUAUUUAGAGAAAAUUAAAGGAAUUAAAGGGCUAGACCCAUACAAGCACAGGGAGUGGACGGCUGACGUGAAUUUACUUCCUAACUUUUCCCAGGCAAACCUGUACAAAUACAUGCUUUUGGGUGUGAGUGCCUACACCCACAAAGUAUUCAUAAAUAUCAGACCUGUGGAGCAGGGCCACAUUCAGUUUACCGAUGGAUGGGUACACGACCUGAAGAUUUUAAAAGUCGAAGCGAAAACCAUCGUGCGCACGAAGGUGAAUCACUCCAUGCGCCUUAGCCUAAAGCCAUUGCAGCCAUGGGUGAUCCUCAAGUCCUGCGGGGAAGUGGAGAGUGUCCACUGCACAUGUAUGGCAGGCGUCGCUGAGAAGUGCGUACAUGUUGCGGCCCUCCUUUAUAAAAUCGACACAGCGGUAAGACUGCGGGGGACUCUGAUACCAACAGAUGUUUCAGCCUACUGGUUGGUGCCCUCUAAUGUGAACAAGGUGAGAGGAGCAGCAGGUGACACCAUCGACUACACCACUGGUGCAGCUAGGAAGAAGGCACUUGAUCAGUCAACCAGUGGACUGCACCAAAGUCCAUCCGGGCUACGGACCCAUGUCGGCGAAAAGGUGAUACCAAUGCGCACACUUGGUGACCCUAAGUGCACUCACAGACAUUAUGCACGCUCACAGGUCUGGACUCUGUUCUGUGCUGGAGGGAUUCAGCCACAUUUAUGCAGACCCUGUCAGCUGUGCAUUCUGCCCAAGUCACUACUGCGCCUUCGCAACUCAAAAAUGGAUGGCUGUGAAUUGUCGGUCCUGCUAAAGCACUGCGAGGGCCUGAGACACCUUGUAGCAGUGACUACAACAGAAGCGGCCAGUUUGGAGAGAAAGCCCCCACCACACGACAAGUCCAACCUUUAG